CGCAGCUGAGACGCGCGUUCAACAGGAAAUGUCUUCGCAAAACAAAGCUGGGUAAUGAUCGGCAGUCAGUAGUGACUGUUGGAUGCAGGAUCAGUGCAAAUACUCUGCUACAGCACAUUUACAGCGAGCUGGCAGCGUGCGGUACCCGCGCUUCUUUCUACUAUGCUUUCCAUAAACUCUCAAAACGGAUACAGUGUUGCCCGAUGUUUCUUGCUUUGGUCGCUUAUGCCCCUCAUCACUGCAAAGGGAAAUGAUGUGGAGAGUCCAACAAAGAUCCUUGACGCUGACAAACCUCCCUCUGAGAGUCAACUCGACUUGAGAGAUGUGGUGUUUGUCAUCCAGAGCCAGAGGAACUCUUUCCAUGUGCGGCAGGCGGAGAAACUCAGAAAAGACCUUCUGCUGCAGACACAAGCUCUUCAAGAGCAUGGAGACCAUCCUCUGAGAGUGAAAAUCUUGUCAUCACAGUUUGGCAAGAACUCAUCUUGGAUCAUGUUUCUAGAAGAAGACACCAGAGUGAAACUCCAAAAACUUCAUGAAGUCCUCAAAAAAUUUGACCGCAGAAAAGAGUGGUUUCUUGGCAAGCCUCUACAUGAUGAAGAGUCCACCAUCAUCCAUCAUUAUGCCUUCUCUGAGAACCCUGCGGCUUUCCAGUACCCAGACUUCUCUGCAGGAUGGGCGCUUAGCAUCCCUCUUGUCAACAGGUUGACAAGCAAAAUAGAAGAGGAGCCAUUAAAAUCAGACUUCACCAUAGAUCUGAAACAUGAGGUGGCGCUGUACAUCUGGGAGGACGGAAAGGGACCUCGACUGACGGGGGUUCCAGAGCUUUGCACAAUACCAGAGCAUAAUCCAAGAGCUCAGUACUGUGCCACCACUGUCAGCAGCCAAUCACCACUGUGUGGCCAGCCUGUUAAGAGCGACAACAUCUUCGUAGCGGUGAAAACUUGCAAGAAGUUCCAUUCCGACAGAGUUCCUGUGGUGAAGAAAACAUGGGGUAAACAAGCAUCUCUGCUGGAGUAUUACAGCGAUUAUGCCGAUCUCUCUAUACCCACCAUUAAUCUGGGAGUGCCAAACACAGAGAGGGGUCACUGUGGGAAAACAUUCGCCAUCUUGAGGAGAUUUUUGAGCAGUCACGUGCCUAACACCGAUUGGCUGUUGAUUGUAGAUGAUGAUACUCUUAUAAGCUUGCCCAGACUGCAGGCCUUGCUGAGCUGCUAUGACUUCAGUGAGCCGGUGUGUCUGGGAGAGCGCUAUGGGUAUGGACUGGGUCAGGGAGGAUACAGUUACAUCACUGGUGGUGGGGGGAUGGUAUUCAGUCGAGAGGCUGUGGUUCAGCUGUUGGCGAGCGGCUGUAAGUGCUACAGUAACGAUGCUCCUGAUGACAUGGUUUUGGGCAUGUGUCUCAAUGCUCUACGAGUUCCUGUCACACACAGUCCCCUCUUCCACCAGGCUCGUCCAGAAGAUUACGCAAAGGAGUUUUUGGCCCACCAGACCCCCAUUUCCUUCCACAAACAUUGGAACAUAGACCCUAUUGCGGUGUUCAACAAGUGGUUGAAGAAUGACAAACACACAGAAGGACUACAGAAAAGCACUAAGGAUGAAUUAUAGUGUUUGUGUGUGUGAGAGUAGUAAUGUGUGUAUGUCUGGUCUGUGUCCUCAUUGUGCGUCCUUCAUUCUUCUUAUGUUUUCUAUAUAGUAAAUCUUGCACAAACAUGAAUGGAAGGGUGCCUUCUGGUCUGUAUGAAUGUCCUUAACAGUGUUUUCUUGGGAGUUGCAUGUCUUAAAUGUUUGUUGGAGAAACAUGUCUGAAAUAUUUAUAUUAUACGAUUAUCACAACCUGUUCAAGGUUAUUUGUAGGUUUAUUUUUAAACACUUUUGUUUUCUAAAAGAUUGGAAUUUUUUGUGAACUAUAAAAUUGGAAUUUAUGAUAAACUUCAAAUCCUGUUGCCUUAAAUCUGUUUUUGCAGUGUCCUGAUUUCAGUAUUAAACGCAAAACCAGCUGCAUCUAAUAACUAAUGAGACUGUCAUGAAGCGCUUGUGUUGUGUGGUUAUUUUAGGCCCACAGUGGUGCACAGAGCCAGAAAUAGUAAAAAAAUGCAUAUGAUGAAUCACUAUGAGGAGCAUUGUUAUUUGAAAGUUAAUGAUGAUGUUCUUGGCUGUUUUGAAGGCGAUGUACUGUAAAUGUCAAGAUGAUGUUUCCAUGGUGAUGAGCAUCUUAGCCAUUCUUAAAGGGGACAUCAGAUGCCCAUUUUUCAUAAGUUGGUAUGAUUCUAUAGGGCCUACAUGAAAAGUCUAUAACAUACUUUGGUUAAAUUUUCUCAAUGGCAGUGUAAAACAAC